CCGCGCGGCAUUGGAUUGGCUGCGGUCAGACGGAAACGAUUCUGCGGGGCCGGAUUGUAUGAUGGUCGGUCAGCGGAGAGGUUCGAGACGGUGAAGAAGAGCGGAGGAUAAAACACAGACAGAGGACAGGUGAAGCGUCCAGGUGCACGAGCAGCCAGCAGACAGGAUGAUGCGUCCGUUGCUGAUGUGUUUCGUCCUCUGCAUCGUCUAUGGCAGCAGCAAACCCACAGACAAGAAGAAUCGAGUUCACAAUGAACCGCUCAGUAACCUCGAACACGACGACAACAAAAACUAUGACUACGACCACGAAGCUUUUCUGGGUGAAGACGAAGCCAAAACCUUUGACCACCUCCCACCAGAGGAGAGCAAACGGAGGCUCGGCAUCAUCGUGGACAAAAUCAACACGAACAAAGACAGUUUUAUUUCUGAGGAGGAGCUGAAGGUUUGGAUCAAAAACGCUCAGAAGAAACACAUUUACGACAGCGUGGAGCAUCAGUGGAAAGACUUCGACAUGAACAACGACGGUCUGAUCAGCUGGGACGAGUACAAGAAUGUCACAUAUGGGAGUUACCUGGAUGACCCUCAGAGCGACACUGAUUAUAACUACACCCACAUGAUGCUGAGGGACGAAAGACGCUUCAGAGUCGCAGACAGAAACGGAGAUUUGAUCGCAGACAAACUGGAGUUCACGGCUUUUCUUCAUCCUGAGGAUCACGAACACAUGAAGGACAUUGUGGUACAGGAAACAAUGGAAGACAUUGAUAAGAACGGAGACGGUUUCAUUGACCUAAAGGAGUACAUCGGUGAUAUGUACACUGCAGAAGACGAUGAAGAGGAACCAGAAUGGGUGACGACUGAACGUCAACAGUUCAAAGAGUUCAGAGACAAAAACAACGACGGGAAAAUGGACAAAGAGGAAACUCUGGACUGGAUUCUUCCAUCUGAUUAUGACCAUGCUGAGGCUGAAGCCAAACACCUCCUGCACGAGUCCGACACCAACAAGGACGGGAAACUGACCAAGGAGGAGAUUCUGAACAAAUACGAGGUGUUUGUUGGAAGUCAGGUGACGGACUUUGGAGAAGCUUUACUACGACAUGACGAGUUUUAGAGACGGCGCUGAGCUUUAGAUAGAAAACAAGAUUUUGCAGUUUCUUAAGAAUAAUUUAUUUUGAAAACCAACAGAAACACUUUUAUCAACAGUUCAGAGACUCUGUUAUGUUCAGACGAUCAGUUUGAUCUUUAAAUGAGAUUUCACUGCUUUUAUUUCCAUUUUUAAGAAUUUUUAUAUCUUGUAUUUGUUUCUGCUCUUCACUUUGUUUAAUGACACCAAGUCUGGUUUGAAAUGACCCAGUUUCCUGCUGCUGAUCUUUGUCGGGUGCCUCACAGGUUUAAUGUCACUGUUUGUUUCUGUUUAUGAUGAAAAACACUUUAAGAAAACGUUCAGAUCAGAGCUCUGAUUUCAUCUGAAGUCAGAGUUUCUGACAUGAAGUGAUGAGUGUGAUUAUUAUUACUGCACAUUUUAUAUAAAACAACUUUACACUAGAUUGUGUUAAUUUGCACUCAGAGAAACUACAUGCUGUAUUUUGACUUUUACAACCUGUUUUUCAAUAAAAAUGUCCAAUUUAAA